AGCACUACUAGCCAACGCAAGAGCAGCCGCGUGGAGGUGAGCUACCUCUGCCUGCUCUAGGAGCCAGAGUCGCGCGCAGUCUGUAAAAUGGGUCUAUCGCGCGGCAAGCUCUGCUGCCUGGCUCUGGUGGGCUUGGUGGCCCUGGCGGGAGCCGCGGUACUAGCCGUGUUCCUGACCCGAUCCCGGUGCGCUCCUCCGAGGUACCCACGGGCAGCAGUGGCGGCGGACACCCAAAUCUGCUCCGACGUUGGCAGGGAUAUCUUGCUGCAGGGAGGCUCAGCUGUCGACGCUACCAUCGCAGCCUUGAUCUGCACCGCUGUCCUGAACCCGCAGAGCAUGGGCCUCGGGGGAGGCAUAAUCUUCACCAUCUAUAAUGCAUCCACAGGGAAAGUGGAGGUGCUCAAUGCUCGUGAGAGGGCCCCGCAGAAGAUCUCUGGCAAUUUGUUGGCCGAGUGCAAUAAGGGUUUUCCAGUAGGGUCUCAGUGGAUUGCUGUCCCUGGGGAACUGCGUGGUUAUGAAGAAGCCCACAAGCGGUACGGCAAAUUGCCCUGGAAGACCCUGUUUGAGCCCACCAUCAAGAUCCUCGACCCUGGAAUCCGGAUCCCCGAGGUGGUGGGUCGGUUUCUCAGCCACCCCAUGAUACAGUCGCAUCUGAACAAAACGUCCUUAAGAAAACUAUUUUACAACAAGCAGGGGGCCGCCCUGGGAGCUGGAGACCUCCUUCGAUGGCCAGCUCUGGUGGAGACCCUGAGGGCUGUGGCAGAAAAUGGAGCCGAUGAGUUUUACCAGGGACCCACAGCAGAGAAGUUGGUGCAGGACAUAGUGAAAGAAGGCAGCAUCUUGUCCCUGGGCGACCUCAGGGAUUACAGAGUAGAAGUGGUGAGCCCUGUGAACAUCUCCCUGGGCGAUUACACUGUGUACUCUGCCCCGCGACCUGCAGCGGGGCCCAUUCUCCUAUUUAUACUCAAUGUCCUCAAAGGUUUCAACUUCACCAAAGAGUCCAUGGGCACACUUACACAGAGCGCUGAGACUUACCACUACAUCGCAGAAGCUCUGAAGUUUGCCAACGGCCAGAGAGUAAAAGUGGACCACCCAGCUUUUUCCCAAACUGGAGAGGGUGUCAUGAGCCAGCUGAUCUCGGACUCCUUUGCCAGCCACGUCAGGCAGCGGAUCGAUGAGCGGGGAGACCACCCAGCAUCCCACUACGACUCUGCCCAGGUGGGAACGACCCCGUUUGGCACCUCCCACGUUUCCGUCCUGGCUGAAGAUGGGAGCGCCGUAUCAGCCACCAGCACCGUUAACUACCCGUUUGGCUCCAUGGUGUAUUCGCCACAGACUGGGAUCAUCCUAAACAAUGAACUUGCUGACUUUUGCAUGAAGCGGUUGAGUGACAGGAUCUCGCCUGGAGAGAUGCCCCCUUCUUCCAUGACACCAUCCAUCCUCAUUUCCCGCAAUGGGCAGUCGAAGCUGGUGGUCGGAGGGUCAGGCGGGCAACUCAUUGUCCCUGCUGUCGCGCUGACUAUCGCUAACAAGCUGUGGUUUGGGUAUGAUGUGGACAAAGCUGUCAAGGCACCGAUUCUCUGGGCGAACAGCAACAACAGCAUUGAAGUAGAGAAAGCGUUUGACGAGGGUGUUGUGGCGGCACUGCACCAAAAGGGCCACACGGUGCAGACGGUACCAUGGAGCCUGAACGUGGUGCAAGCUGUUUCUAAGGACGGCCCCUGCCUCUUCCCCUACUCGGAUCUAAGGAAAAAUGGCCAAGCCUCUGGCUAUUAGUAGCCCAGCUGCUAUUUGGCCUGAGGCGAAGCCAGAGGGCCUGGAGGACCCAUCUGCCUGCCUGCCUGCCUGCCCCUCUGCACUUUGCAGCCACUUCUGGGUCUGAAAAAAAACAUGAACUUGUUGCAGCUGGAUCCCUCCAUCACAUAUUUCUUUUUCUCGGAGAGAGACAGACAGACAGAUAGAGAGCGAGAUGUGUUUACAAGAGCCGUGCUAUACUGUGGAAGAACUGAGCCAUAAAGCAGCCCUCGCUUUUGUUGCAGCCUGAGAGUGGGGGACGGACCUUCAUCUCUCUCACCAGCUCCAAGCACCUUGUGUCCAGGCUAUGCGUCGAGAUCCAAGGAAGAUGGGCAGCCUCACAGGGAAGAGCAGCUGGCAUGAGUGUGUGGCAGACAGUCAUUGAGACAAGAGAAAACCAUUUGCCAGCAUUUGCCGCUCUGUGAAAGAUCUGGGUUAUUGGCAGCGGCAGCAGCAGGUGUCUGAUGGGAGCCUGUGCUAUGCAAAGGACCUGCCUGAGGAUAUUUUCUGGAGGCAGGCAGGCAGUUGAUUAUCUUCCCUGGAUAAUGCGAUGGUUCUGGCUCCUCAGAGGACGAGGAGCCAGCUAGCAGAUCUCACUAUGCCAGAGGCUGCAAAGUGCUGGGGACGAAGCUUGCCUCAUCGGCCCACAGCCAGGAAAAUGCAAAACACCUCUUCGACCCUUUGGCAGCAAACUCCCAAGAGCCGACACUUGGUAGACUCCUUCCCUGCAUGGGAUCACAAGUGCUCAGGGUGCAGAGAGAGCCGCUUGGUGCAACAGCUGCACCAGGUAGUGGCUCCCUAGCGCAGGCUGGAUCAGCAGCUCCAAAUUGUGUUUGUCUUUAGGGGUGUGUGCGCACAGAGCAUUGUUGAUGCCAAGCAAGGAGCUUCAUUCAGCAAAAGGGCAGCUGCUCAGGAUUUGUGUUUUUUUUUUUCCUUUGUGCAAGUUUGACGUGCAGAGUUCUAUAUUUUUUAAUAAAUGAAUUGUCUCCUUUUA